AUGGAGUGCAUGCAGCUGCGCUCUCAGCCCGGCCCCUUCCACUACCUCAUCUCGGAGCAGGCUAAAUCGCUCGUCGCCUUGCAGGAGCUCCAGAAUGAGGUCGGGGCCUUACUCGAGUUCCGAGACCUCGUCAUCGAGACGUUCCCAAACCUGCGCUCCAAAAUGGCACCGUCGACGCCGGCGAGUGGCACGCGCAGGGACUGGGAGCCUGGGGUGCGAGUCCGGCGGAAACUCGCCGGGGGCAGUGGCGACACCACCAGGGCCAAGCCGCAACCUUCCGUACAAGAUUCGGGAUUUAGCACCGAGACUUCAUGUGGAAAAGACGCGCACUCCUCCUCCGCUUCGGCCUCGGCGUCUGCAUCCCGAUCCCGACCACUGGAAGACGAACUGUGGGCUCUGCUGGAUACUAUCCAACGCAAGGGCAUCCGUAUACGCGACGAAGCGGAACUCCUGCGAGGGGAGUUGGAUGAGAGACGAUCCGAGACAACGGAAGAGUCGUUCGCUCGAGCUUUGUCGGCCGGAUGCGGGGAUUGUACAGAUCUCGUCCGAUUGCGUAGCGAAAGGGACGCUUUACUUGCCAGGGCGGCGCAAUUGGAGGCAGCCGCUGCUCUGAGUCCGCCCCCACCGACCCAGACAUUACUCGGUCGUCUCGACACAGUGCUCGAAACGUCAGUGCGGACACCGCUUGUGCCAAACCCCGAUUCGAAGAAAUUCGCGGCGAUUCUCCAAGAGAGCAAUCCCGUAGAACUUCAAAGGCAACUCCUCACCUCCGUCGUACAAAACCAGAUGUACUGCGAGCAGCUGAAACGGGCGGCAAAUCAAAGGUCGCAGCUUCUGGAGAGACUUGAGUGCGCCAGAAAUAUCAAUGAAGACCUCAAAUUUAGAUUGGAGGAGAGGAGCAUAGAGCUGGAAGGCGCUCGGGCGCGCCUGCGUCAGCUGGAGGGCAAGCGGUCGGAGGGCGUGGUGUACAGCGCGGCGCACAGCAGCAUGCGCGAGAUGCAGCCGCUGCACAUGGGCGACGAGGAGGAGGAGCGCGCGUCGGGCGCGUCGGGCGCGGCGAGCGCGGCGCGGCGCCGGCCGUCCCGCAUCCCGCUGCACACGGCGCACUCGGCGCACUCGGCGCACUCGGCGCACACGCCGCACAAGGGCGCCGCGCCGCGCCCGCCGCCGCGGCCCGCGUCCGCGCACUCGGCGCACUCGGCGCGCUCCGCCGCCUCCACGCGCAGCAGGACGCCGCGCGACGCCUCCGUCCCGCGCAAGGACGCCAAGUCCGCCGUCCCGGUCCGCCGCACGCCGCCGCACGACAAGGUUCGCAGCAAAUGGAACUGGAACUCAUGGUUCUUCAAAGACUCGACCUCGUAA